UGAAGCAUUGGGCCUUCGUGCGCACCCAAAGCCCACCCAAAGCUCUCGUGAGAACCGACGGCGGCUGCGAGCCUGCGAGCAGUCUGCGACGACGGGCUUGCCAUUGGCGGGCUGCGAGCAGUCUGGCAGCAACACAGGAAGACGCCGUUCUCGGGGAAAGGUGCGGGCGCCUGAAUCCUCUCCAACUCCGUAUUCCGCACCCCGAACCGGAGAGCAGCCAUGGACGCGGCGGUUUCGAGCCCCUCGAGCAAGAGGAUCGCGCUGGUGACCGGAGGGAACAAGGGGAUCGGGCUGGAGACGUGCCGGCAGCUGGCGUCCAAGGGGCUCAGGGUCGUCCUGACGGCGAGGAAUGAGGCGAGGGGUUUGGAAGCGGUCGAGCGCAUCCGGUGGGCCAGCGGCGACGCCGAGGUUUUCUUCCACCAGCUCGAUGUCACCGACCCCUCCAGCGCCGCCCGGCUCGCGGAGUUCGUUAGGGAUCAAUUCGGCAGGCUUGACAUCCUGAUCAACAAUGCAGGAAUUUCAGGUGUUGAUCGUGAUCCAGUUUUGUUUGCUGCAGUCAAGGAUAAGGUUGAUGGCAUGGAUGUAGAUCAGAGAGUAGAAUGGAUGAGAGAAAAUUCAAAAGAAACAUAUGACGAAGCUAUACAAUGUAUGAGAACAAACUACUAUGGUGCCAAGCUGGUCACAGAGGCACUACUUCCUCUUCUUCAGUUAUCCUCCUCUGGAAGAAUUGUUAAUGUUUCGUCAGGCUUUGGGUUACUGAGAAACUUCAACAGUGAAGACCUUAAGAAAGAGUUUGAUGACAUUGACAAUCUUACUGAAAAUAAACUAGAGGAACUGUUGAAUAAGUUCCUAGAGGAUUUUAAGGCCAACUUAGUAGAGGCACAUGGGUGGCCAACAGGUGGAUCUUCAGCCUAUAAAGUUGCCAAAGCGGCACUUAAUGCAUAUACUAGGAUUCUUGCCAAGAAAUAUCCUACAUUGCAUAUCAAUUGUCUGACACCUGGUUAUGUCAAGACUGAUAUUUGUAUGCACAUGGGAGUAUUAACACUUGAGGAGGGUGCUCGCAACCCUGUGAAGGUUGCUCUCUUGCCUGAUGAUGGACCAACUGGUGCGUAUUUUGAUCUGAAUGGCGAGGCGUCCUUUGUGGGUGAUGGUGAAUAUGUUCACAAGCAGAACAUAGAUAAGCAGAGCUCGUGGUGCACGCUAAUGGAGGGAGCCAUCUCUACUUUCCCAAGCGCAAGGAUUGCUGUGGUCACCGGCGGAAACAAAGGUAUUGGGCUAGAGGUGUGCAGGCAGCUGGCCAGGAAUGGCACCACCGUUGUCUUAACAGCUAGGGACGAGACGAGGGGCGCGGCUGCCGUUGAGGAGCUCAGAGAGCUGGGCCUCUCCGAUGUCAUGUUCCACCAGCUAGACAUCACAGAUGCAUCGAGCAUUGCUAGGCUAGCCGAUUUCUUGAAGACCCGUUUUGGGAGGCUAGACAUUCUGAUAAAUAAUGCUGCAUUUGGUGGCGUCGAAUACGCUCGGGAUCCUGCUGGUGAUGGGUCAGUAACAAGCGAAGAAGAGUUGAGUGGCAUGGAUAGGGAUCAAAGGCUUGAAUGGUUGUGGAGAAAUACCCGGGAGACUUAUGACGCUGCAAAGAAAGGCCUGCAGACAAACUACUACGGCACGAAGCAUGUGAUUGAAGCGUUACUGCCUCUGCUCCAAGCCUCCUCUGAUGGAAGGAUUGUUAACGUCUCCUCCGACUUUGGGCUGCUUAGGUAUUUCAGAAACGAGGAGCUGAAGCAAGAGCUGUACAACGUCGACAAGUUAACCGAGGAGAGGCUGGACGAGCUGCUGGACAUGUUCCUGAAAGACUUUGAGGCCGGCGAGGUUGACGCGCGCGGGUGGCCGGCAGCGUUCAGCGCGUACAAGGUGGCCAAGGCGGCCAUGAACGCGUACUCGAGGAUCCUGGCGACGAAGCAGCCGGCGCUGCGCGUCAACUGCGUGCAUCCUGGCUACAUCAAGACUGAUAUAACCUUGCACUCGGGGCUCCUGACGCCCGAGGAAGGCGCGGCCAACGUGGUGAAGGUGGCGCUGCUGCCGGAAGGCGGGGUCACCGGCGCCUUCUUCUUUGAAGACAGCGAGGAGGCGUCGUUCGUGUGAAGUUAUUUGUGGACUCGCAUUCAGAAUUCAAAAAAGAUGGAACUGGUGCUGAUGUGCAUUAAUUCUAAGCUGCAUGCUUGCAUACAGUCUGAAUUUUAAACUACUACCCGUCUCCGGUUAAGAACAAUGGAUGAUGAUUGAUGAAUAGCAUACUCCAUUGUAUUGGCAUGGGAUCAAUGACGGGCUCCUAGUCUGGAUUUUUCAAAA